CAAUGGCUCUCCAGGCUGCUUCCUUGGUUCCUGCAUCUUUCUGCAUUCCUAAAGAGGGAAAGUCUAGUGUAUCUCUCAGGGGAACCACUCUUUUUGGCCUUUCAUUGUCAGAUACUCUGAAAACUGACUUCAGCUCUUCGGCAUUGACAUGCAAGAGGGAAUUCAAACAAAAAGUUGGUUUUGUAAGGGCCCAGACAAUGGCUACUACAACCCCAGCAGUGAUGAAGGCAGCACCAGGAGGCAAGAAAACUUUGAGGAAGGGCAAUGCUGUGAUAACUGGGGCUUCCUCUGGAUUGGGCCUGGCCACUGCUAAGGCUUUGGCCGAGACAGGAAAAUGGCAUGUAAUAAUGGCUUGUAGGGAUUUCCUCAAAGCUGAAAGAGCUGCAAAAUCUGCUGGCAUUGCUAAGGAAAACUACACCAUUAUCCAUUUAGACCUUGCCUCUCUUGACAGUGUCCAUCAAUUUGUAGAUAACUUCAGGCGAUCAGGGAUGCCACUGGAUGUGCUGGUUUGCAAUGCUGCAGUUUACUACCCUACUGCUAAGGAACCUACAUUCACUGCUGAAGGCUUUGAACUCAGUGUUGGCACAAACCAUUUGGGACAUUUUCUCCUUUCACGCCUAUUGCUUGAGGACUUGACCAAAUCUGAUUACCCAUCAAAACGGAUGAUCAUUGUUGGCUCAAUCACAGGAAACACCAACACAUUGGCUGGAAAUGUGCCACCCAAGGCUAACCUUGGUGACUUGAGGGGACUAGCUGGAGGUUUGACUGGGCUAAACACUUCAUCCAUGAUAGAUGGUGGAGACUUUGAUGGUGCCAAGGCAUACAAGGACAGCAAAGUCUGCAACAUGCUGAUCAUGCAAGAAUUUCACAGAAGAUACCAUGAGGAAACUGGAAUCACAUUUGCUUCCCUAUACCCGGGUUGCAUUGCCACAACAGGCUUGUUUAGAGAGCACAUUCCCUUGUUCAGACUCCUAUUCCCUCCAUUCCAAAAGUACAUAACCAAAGGCUUUGUCUCAGAAGAGGAAUCAGGAAAGAGACUUGCACAGGUUGUAAGUGAUCCGAGCCUAACAAAAUCAGGAGUUUACUGGAGCUGGAACAAGGACUCUGCUUCAUUUGAAAACCAGAUGUCUCAGGAGGCUAGUGAUGCAGAUAAGGCUCGCAAGGUCUGGGAGAUUAGUGAAAAACUUGUUGGUUUGGCCUAA